AUGUCGCUUGGUCAUAGGAGAACCGGUAAUCGGCUUUCCGCGGAGGGGGACAUGUACACUGAUCAUCAGGGCACUGAUGAUCAGUGUGCCCUGAUGAUCACUGUAGCCCCAGCAGCGCCACCUGUCAGUGUCCAUCAGUGCCUUGUGUCAGUGCUCAUCAGUGCCUCGUGCCAGUGCCCAUCAGUGCCACAUCAAUGCCACAUAUCAAUGCCUACCAGUGCUCAUCAAUGCCACAUAUCAGUGCCCAUCUGAGCUGCCUUUCAGUGCCACCUAUCAGUGCUGCCAAUCAGUGCUACCUAUCAGUGCCAUGUAUCAGUGCUGCCUAUCAGUGCCACCUAUCAGUG